AUGGCGAACAAGCAAGGCAAGAUGCAGAACCUCGUCAACUACCGCAUGCGUGUCAUCCUGAAUGACGGCCGGCAGAUGACUGGGCAAAUGCUCGCCUUCGACAAGCACAUGAACCUCGUCCUCGCCGACACCGAAGAAUUCCGCAAAUCCCGCAAACGCGCUGCCGCCCGCCCUGGCGCGCCCGGCGCCACCGACUCAUCUUCCGCAGUAACCUACCAAGAAGAAAAACGCACCCUCGGCCUCGUCAUCCUCCGCGGCACGAACAUCGUCUCCUGCUCCGUCGAGGGCCCGCCCCCAUCUGACCCCUCUGCUCGUCUCGGCACUAGCGCGCCCGGAGGCGGUGCGGCGGCGACAACACUACAGCCUGGCAUUGGUAUUUCGAGACCAGCGGGACGUGGGCUGCCUGUAGGCUUGGGAGGACCGGCUGCAGGUGUGGGUGGACCACCGCCGCCUGGAGGAUUUGGGGGUGGGUUACCGCCACCGGGGAUGCCUGGUGCUGGUCCGCCGGGUGGUUUUCCAGGGAGGGGUGGUCCGCCGCCAGGUUUUGGAGGCCUCCGGCAGGGUUUGGGGGUGGGCCGCCGGGCGGUGGGAGGGGCUUUCCGCCGCCGCCUGGGUUUGGUGGACGGUAGUGAGGGUGUAUGGUAUCUUUGCAAAGAGCGAUGGAUUGCUCCAGGAUACAAAUGA